AUGCCAUCCGCUAUAGAAUCACCGCCCCGCCAACCGUCCCCAGAAGUCAAGCUCAUCACCAAGGUGGCGCCUCAGAUGAUGGACGACGAGGCUCUUUCCACGGCUUCCGCCAUUUUGGACAUCAUUUGUCGCUACCGCCUGAGACGGCCGCACGAGACCUGCCCUGCCGAGCUCGAGGGGAGGCUUGGCUUCCUCUCCCAGAUUUACAGAAAAGUCAAAGCCCGCAGCCAAAUCCGCAUGUGCCUCCCCGCGUUCCCCUUCAAGUCUCCCAAUGCCAAAGACAAGGUCCUUGGCCGCCUGCCCGACAAAGCGGACGAGUUUUCCCUUGCCAACCUCAACGGCCUCUGCUCUGCCAUCAAGGACUUUUACGAGCCGGGCGCAAAGUUGACAAUCAUCUCUGAUGGACUGGUAUACAAUGACCUCCUCGGUGUCCCUGACAAGGAAGUUUGGGCGUACGGAGAGACGUUGCGCGGCCUCGCUGCGAAGAAGAACCUGGCCCACAUCGAGUUCUCCCGUCUUCAGGACCUCGUCCACCUUCCAAACCUUCCCAACAAGCUAGAAGAGAUCACAUACGUUGCCAACGCUACCAACUUCCGCCACUCUCUCCUCAACACCUUUGGGAGGGCCGACUAUGACCCUUCCAGGGAAAUCUCCCAGAACGAGGACACCUGCUUGACAUAUCGUGGAUACAUCAAGUUCCUCGAGACUGACCUGCGCCAUGUCUACCCCGUCGGAGAGGACCGGUCCAAGACCAAAUUCAAGACGGGCAUCGAGUACAUCUCGAAGCAGAUGCUCCAGCGUGGUGACGCCUUUGCUCGUGCCGUCCGCGAGAACUUCCGCGACCACGUCCGCCUCUCCAUUCACCCUUCCACUGGAGAGAACAAGAUUUCCAUCAGCCCACUCCCCACACCCACCUACUUCACCACCCCUUGGCACUGCUCCAUCGCCUUCAGCUUGAACGGCACCGUCACCACCGGCCCCCGCUCCGACUUUGAGAGCGACCCCAAGUACGAGCUGGUGUACGAGGAAGGAAGACCCAGCUACUUCCGCGAGAAGAGUGACCUGCUGCAAUGGAAUUCCGAUGUCACUUUUGAGCCCAUGUACCCUUGCGGUAUCCUCAUCCGCCCGGCCGCCGGCCGCAAGAAGCUCUCCAUCCACGACAUUGAUGCUGAGAAGGUUCGUGCUCUAUCCGAGGUCAACUCCCCCGUCGUCAUGAGGGGCUUCUCCAAGACCAAGGACCGUGACCUGUUCGUCAAGAAGGCGGAGGAAUUCGGCUCGCCCCUACCGUGGAAGUUUGGCCUGGUCUUGGAAGUCAAGGACCAGGGCGCCGACACGCGCGGUCUGAACAACGUUCUGUCGGCAGAGUGGAUGCCUUUCCACUUCGAUGGCCUGUUCAAGACCCACAAGGUGCCCCAAGCAGACGGAACUGAGAAGCUUCUCCCCAACCCGCCCAGGUUCCAGUUCUUCACCUCCAUCACUCCCUCACCAAGUGACACCGGCUUCACCCUCUUCACCCCUUCGCACUUCCUCCUCCAGAACCUGCCUCCCCAGCUGCCUCUCUCCAAGCUCCAGGGACUUACCUGGAGCGUCCAGACCAGCUCCUUCGACUCAACCAAGAUGACUGGUCUUCCUCUCGUCGUCUCCCACCCGACGACCGGCAAGCCGUGCAUCCGCUACCACGAACCCUGGCCGCAAUCCAAGACCGCCUUCGACGCGACCUAUGUGUCCAUUGAGGGUGCCAGCGAGAGCGAGAGCGAGGAGAUCUGCAACACCAUUGACUCUCUCCUCCACGACCGGAGGAACACCCUCUACUUCGCCUGGGAAGAGGGCGACCUUCUUGUCAGUGAUAACAUCCUGACGAUGCACACGCGCAGCGACUUCACGGCGGGAUCUCCCAGAGAGAUGUGGCGUAUUCACUUUGACUAA